AAUGUGGAUCACUUCACAUUGGGAGACUCGGACAAGUGGCAGUUCAGAUGCUGGGAACAAAAAAUAGCCUCCAAGGGCCGAAGAAACAUUUCAAGUCGUGACUUCGUGACCGAUGGACCACCAGCCACUUCUUACGAAGUACGAAGGCGCACUCAACAAUACGAGCCGAACUUCGUCUUGGCGAGUUCGAGAUUUUAUUCACUCGUUCUGACCUUGGUUUUGGAUUCACAAUGGUACACGGCAAGUUGGACGCGGAGCGUUUUUAAAGGUAAUAACUGUUCGAACCCCGAUACCGGUCGCUGUGCGUCGAAAAAUCACAUUUUGUUUGACUACAACAACACCUGUCCGGAGGCGGUUUCAGCCGAUAAUUGUGUGCCGAAAUCCAGGAUACAGAAGUUAUGAUGCAUCCCGUGCUUGGCUUCUGGUUUCAGUGACUGCUUCGGAAAAAGUACCUUCAGUAACAAUAUACUAUGGCAAGAUGGAUCCUCACAUUUGUUGUGAUAAUAUUUGUGAAGAAAGUGCACGUAACAGAAGAAACUACAGAAUGCAAGAGUAUAAAGAAUAAAAUCGGAAGUGGGGACCACCUCAUAUGUACAAACGUGACCAGUUAUUUCUUCAGAAAAUUCGAAAUUCCUUCUAACAAAAUUAGUUGGUUAACCUGUGAAAAUUGUACCUUGACUACUAUCGAUGAAAAUACAUUUCCGUACCAAAAUAACCAUAUACACACAUUAUCGAUAGUUAGAUCGAAAGUUAAAGUCCUCAAAAAGUUAGCCUUCAGUAGAUACCCCUUUUUGAAAAUUUUGUUAUUGAGAAAUAAUAGCAUUGAUAAUGUUGACACGAAAUCAUUGGCAAACAUGAAAAAAUUGACUCAACUAGACCUCAGCCAAAAUAACAUAAAAAUUGUUAUUAAUAAUAUGUUUUCAGAUUUGAAAAAUUUGGACAUUUUGGACUUGAACAAAAACAAUUUAUUUUAUAUACAACCGGAAGGUUUUAAUGGUUUAACGAACCUGAAAUAUCUCUAUUUGAACGAUAAUUACCUAAAUAAGUUAGAAGAACAGAUUUUCAAACACUUAAUAAAUCUGAAGAUACUUCAUAUACAGAAUAACAAUUUAUUAGAAAUACAUCCACUGGCAUUUAUGAAUUUGAAGAAUUUGAACUUUUUGUAUCUCAAUAAUAAUAGCAUUAGUUAUUUAGCUCAGUAUAAUUUUCAACCUUUGACUAGUCUGAUAGAUUUACAAUUGAGAUUCAACAGAUUGAAAGAAAUAGAAACAAGUUCAUUUAACGGAUUGAAGUCCUUACGGAAUUUACUUCUUCGAGACAACGAAUUGACCACCAUAAAACCAUACGGUUUUGUUGGUUUAAAUUCAUUGGAGGUUUUAGAUCUUACGAAUAAUUCAUUUGAGGAUUUCAAUUUAGACAUAGUGAUAAAAAAUAUAAAUAAAUUGUAUAUGUUGUGGUUAGGUAAAAACAGUAUUAAUAAUUUCACGUUGGAUUAUAAAUCAGAUGUACAAAAUUCACUUAAAUAUAUAGACUUAUCUUAUAAUAAUUUAACAUUUGUAAAUUACAAAUUAUUUUAUAAUAAGUUUCCUUCUGUGAAAGAGCUUUAUGUUUUCAAUAAUUAUUUUGAUUGUGAUAUUAUGAUGGAUAUGUACAAUUUUUUUGAUAGUAACGAUGUGACUCUUUGUUUAAUGGAAGACUGCAAGGAAAAUAGUACAAUGAAUUUUAUAACGGAAAUAUGUAAUUCAGAGACAACUGAAACUUCUUACACUUUCCCCUCAGAUUUCACCACUAAAGAUUCCUCAAUUAAUGUGAAAUUUGAUAUGAGUAUUAUGAUUCUAGCUUUAUUAGGUUUAGUUUCACUGCAACUCGCAUAAAUUUUAUCUGCACAGUUUUAUUUUCUAUAAAAAUUUUAUUUUAUGUUGCUACCUCAGGUUUUGUUAUUAUAAAUAAAUUUUGAUUUUGUUUUCUUUAA